AUGGGAGUCUUCUGGGACAAGCCCUCGCUACUGCAGGGCGACCCGAUCAAGGCCGAGGAGGCGAAGGCCGCCGCCGUGUGGCAGGGCAAAACCGAGAAGGACGCGCAGGAGGCCGCCGACGAGGUCAAGCGGACCCCCCCCGAGAAAGCCGCCUUCAAGCAUGGGCUGGAGGAGACAAUGGACCUCUGGCACGCCCGCCACGCCACCACCGUUCUCCUGCUCACCCCCGCGAGCGUGGCAGCGCGCGCGAGUGCGGCUACGACCAGUCUGGCUGGACGACAUACGAGCGCUGUUCCGCGGAGCAGACGAAGCAGGGCAUCAGUUGGGAGGCGUUCUGGAACGCCGUGGCCAACCUGGGGCAGGGGACGGGGGCGACGAAGGCCGGGAGGAGGUGGCCAGUGGGCCACGACGAGUUCGACCGGCUCAUCGAGGACAGGUCCUUCACCAACGGCGCGGAACGGGCGGCGGUGA